GUACUGAGCUGAAACAGGGAGGAGAGACAGAGAGGAGGAGUGUGUGAGGGAGAAUCAAGUCACCAGGACGGGCUCCACUGUUAACGCCGUCAAGGUUUGAGCGCGAGCACCAGGAGGCCACAUUCCGCGUGAAAUAAUGGAUGGAACAAAACCGGCCAUGGAGUCCAACGCCGAGGAGACCCAGGACGAGGGGCAGGAGAGCAAAGGAUGCUUCGAGUGCUGCAUCAAGUGUCUGGGCGGGGUGCCCUACGCCUCGCUGGUGGCCACCAUCCUCUGCUUCUCAGGCGUGGCCCUGUUCUGCGGCUGCGGCCACGUGGCGCUGACCGGCACCCUGACCAUGCUGGAGAACCACUUCUCCAGGAUCACCAGUGACCACGCCACCCUCGCUGCUGUGAUCCAGAUCUUUCAGUACAUCAUCUACGGCAUUGCCUCCUUCUUCUUCGUCUACGCCAUUCUCCUGCUGGGUGAGGGCUUCUACACCACCAGCGCCAUCAAGAAGGAGCUGCAGAGCGACUUUAAGACGACCAUCUGUGGACGCUGCAUCACUGCCUUCUUCAUGUUCCUGACGUACAUCUUCGCUCUGGUGUUUAUCGCCAUCUUCUGCUUCACGGCGAUCCCGGUUUUCCUCUUCUUUAACAUGUGGAACACCUGCGCCGCCAUGAGAUCUCCAGACUCCAACAUCACGUAUCCUGACUCCAUCUGUGUGGAUGUCAGGCAGUACGGCGUUAUUCCCUUGAACGCAACACCCGGGAAGGCUUGUGGAACCACACUGACAGAUAUUUGCAGCACCAGCGAGUUCUACCUGUCCUACCACCUCUACAUCGUGGCGUUGGCCGGCGCCGGAGCCACCGUCAUCGCUCUGAUCCACUACCUGAUGAUUUUAGCGGCUAACUGGGCGUACCUGAAGACCGCCGCCUCCACGCAUGACUACCAAGACAUCAAGACGAAGGACGACCAGGACCUGGAGGCCGAGGCGCGCUCCAAAGACGGCCAGAACUCCUCCUCCUACUCAUAAGGACAAAGCGUCCUCUCUUGCCAUUGCUCAUCUUCUCCCCCGAAUGUUAAACCCAUCCCUCAACACCUAGCGCCCACCCCCAAACUUUCCCCUCUCCCCCCGACAAAACAAAACCACCUCGGUCAUGUUCGGCAGCCCAGUCUCCUGAUUCUCCAUCCUCUUCCGUUUACCCAGAAGCGCUUUCCGCUCCGAGGCGCCAGCGCGCUCUCACUACUGGUAGGGGAAGAGGCUGGAGGGUCGGGAGGAGAGCAGCCAGGCCCCAGACGGAGGCGGCUGCUUCAGAGCGGUGAAGGCUCGCCCCGUCGGGUGUCGAGCUCAGGUACGGUACAUUGGUUUUCGAAGCGCCUCCUCCUCCUCCUCUUCCUCCCUCCCUGUGCUUUUUGGGCGGCGGCUCGUGAACGUGGCCCGGCUGUGAUGGCCUCGCGCCCUGAGCAAGCACAGCCUCUCGAUACAUAGCUCCUAACAACAACAACAAAAAAGAAGAAAAAAAAACAGAAUAAAAAUCGAAAAACAAUGUACACUGUGUGUUUCAGCCACUGGGAAACGCCACAGCAACCAAGUUCCUCUGUUUUUUGGUGUUUUAUAUGCAUAUAUAUAUAUGAAUAUGAAUAUAUUGUGCGAAUGUGUGUGAAUGUUGUUCUUUUUUUUUUAAAUACUCUGAAAAGUAUGCCAGGUACAGUUAUGAUUUUUAUGAGUUUGGGCUCAUAAAUUCUUUUCUUUUUAGUUUUUCUUUCCCCACCACUUUGACUUUUUUUUUUGCUAUUGCUCCGAACAUUGUUGCACUAUUUAAAAACAAAUUAAAAUGGGGGAGAAUAAAAUCCCUUGAGCAAAACAAACCCUUUCUUUCCCCCCUCCAGGAAUAAAUACAUAAAAGAAUGAAAAACCAUGUAGUAUCUCAAGGAUUUCUGUGCAUUUGAAUAAGUAUAUUUAAGCGCUACUUUUCUUAUAAGAUCCGUUAACAGUUUAUCUGCUUCCAUGUCCUGGAUUAAGUUUUCUUGCUGAGAGGUCAUAAAUAUGGAACCAGUCCUCUCAUCUGGCCGUGAAAGAAUGCAAGGAAGCUCGCCAAAUGUUUCUUUUUAAGACCAUUUGAGGUUUUUUCUUUUUGUUUUUUUUUUUGUUACAUUCAUCACCAGCUGAAAUAAAAGUCAAAGACGGCGCCCUCCACAAUUACUGGCACCAGUGGCUAAAAUGUCUACAUUUUUUCUUUUUUUUAUUAUGUAGUAUGAUGGCAGCAUCAUGCCAUGGGGAUGACGUUUUUUAUUUAGUUAUUACUUUGGCUGUACAUUUGGGUAAAUUUAGGUGAUUUCAGGACUAAUUUAGCUAAAGCAAAUAGGAGUCUUUGUCAAAUCACAUUUAUAUAUCGGUGUCCAAACUGUGGGUCGUGGACCAUUUUAGACACUUUGUGUGAUUUUUUUGCUGUCCGCCAACAUAGAGGCAGACGGACACUUGGUUUUUGGCACUGAAUUAUUAAACAUUAAAUGAAAAAUGUUAGACAUAGCAAAAAGAAAUAUAGAAUUUGUUUUUUUGCUAAUCGAAAUUUGAUUGCAUUUUUAAGGCAAGCGUGCAAACCCAUUUUUAUGUUUUUGUUUUUCCCUUUUCUAGACUAUUUUGUUCAUGUUAUGAAAAUACUGGAUGUUCAGUUUAUUGUUCAGAAGGCAAAAUUAAUUUCAAAACUUGUUUUUGUUUUAAGUUAGUUUUUGAUGUUUUGGAAAAAUGUCAGACACUUUAAAGCAAAUUUAAUUAAAAUUUUUUUUUCAUUUAUUUUAUUAGAAACAUUAGAGAUAAUUGUCGGGUCAAUGAUUUUGCAAUUUUAUUUUUAUUUUCUACAUCUACGCAGUGAAUGGUGCUCAAAUGGCCUUUUUCUAAUUUCCUAUGACAAAAAAGUUUUAUUUUUUAUUUCUUUACAACUUUAACAAGACUGUCUCUAAGUGUGGAGGGCGCUGCACAUCUAGGUCUUAAAAAAAAAAAAAAAAAGACACACACCUCAGGUAUCAAACCAAAAUCCGACCUGUUUUAUUUCCAAACAUUCGCCAUUUAAACUCUGACCUGAUUACUGAUCUUAUCCUGUGUGAACUCCACCCACCGGUUCCUCCUUUCGGGAACUAAAUUCACCUGUAAAUAGCAGAAUCACCCCCACCCUCCAAAAAAGAACAAAAAAAAAAACUAAACAAAAAGGAAAAAAAAUCGACCCACACCUCUUCCCAUCCCCCAAAACGGGGAAAACACAAUCCAUGUUUUAUUUCUGACUUGCUCUUUUUUUUAUAUAUAUUUUUUUUU